ACCACCGCCUCACGGAGGGUCAGUUAAUGACCAGUUUCUGCAACUGGAGCUCCUCUUUCGACAGAGCUACAGAUUACGUAACUGGAGUCAGAGAUAAAAGGAGUAAACAGGCAGUAAGCUGGAGAAUCUGAAGAGUGCUUCUGCUGCUGCUGCUGCAAACACAGGAAACUGCAGGAAUGUCGGCAUGUGAGUUUGAAUCAGUGGAGAAAUGUCUGGAGUCUCACCUACCGGAGGCAGAGCUGACUGAGGUCCAGAGGAUCCUGUUUGGGAAGGAAACCAAGAAGCUGGACCUCCCGGCCUCUGCUGUGGAAGCUGCCUCAGAGCGUGACUUUGAGCUGAAAGGAUACAGGUUUGAUGCUGUACAGGAACAGCUGAGGCCACCCAGAAGGAUCAGGGUGGGACUUAUUCAACACCGCAUCGUUCUGCCAACUGAUGCUCCCAUCCUGGACCAGAUCACUGCCAUGCACAAUCGUAUUGGUGAACUUGUUGAGGUAGCAGCCAUGUGUGGUGUGAACAUCAUCUGCUUUCAGGAGACCUGGACCAUGCCUUUUGCUUUCUGCACCCGUGAGAAAGACCCAUGGACAGAGUUUGCAGAGUCUGCUGAAGAAGGAAACACCACCCGUUUCUGUCAAGAGCUGGCCAAAAAAUACAAUAUGGUAGUUGUUUCUCCCAUUCUGGAGAGGGAGGAGCUGCACAGCACUCUGUGGAACACAGCGGUGGUGAUCUCUAACUCUGGAAAUGUGCUGGGAAAGAGCAGGAAGAACCACAUUCCCAGGAUUGGAGACUUUAACGAGUCUACAUAUUAUAUGGAGGGCGACACCGGCCACACAGUGUUCCAGACACAGUUUGGGAAGAUUGCUGUGAAUAUCUGCUACGGCCGUCAUCAUCCUCUCAACUGGUUCAUGUACAGUAUGAAUGGAGCUGAGAUCAUCUUCAACCCCUCAGCUACUGUUGGGGCUCUUAGUGAGCCCAUGUGGUCUAUAGAGGCCAGGAAUGCAGCGAUAGCAAACCACUGCUUUACUUGUGCCAUCAACCGUGUUGGGACGGAACAUUUUAAAAGUGAAUUCACAUCUGGUGAUGGAAAAAAAGCUCACCAUGACUUUGGACAUUUCUAUGGGUCCAGUUAUGUGGCUGCUCCUGAUGGCAGCCGCACCCCAGGGCUGUCGAGGACCCGCGACGGACUGCUGGUGGUAGAAAUGGAUCUCAACUUGAACAGACAAAUCAGUGACAAAUGGAGUUUUAAGAUGUAGCAGAGUGGCACUAUACGAGUGGAAUGAAAGUAUAAUACUCAGAUGACUGGUCGGUAUGCUGAGUACGCAGAGGAACUCACCAAGGCUGUUAGACACGACUUCAAACCGAAAAUAGUCAAAGAGUAGAACAUAUUCCACAUGUACUGCACACUGCACAGUAUUAUAGUUCUCUUCUGCCUGAACACAGCAGACAUUGUAUGUUUAUUUCCAUACCAAAGUCUGUCACAUUGAUUGAUUCUGCAGUGAAUGAGGGGAGUGUCCAUUUCAAUUGUUAUUAACCCAACUGUUUUUAGUGAGAGGGAGAAAUGUUUUUUGGGCGCCUGUUUUCAAAAUGACUCUCUCUACGCUGAAACCUACUAAAGGGCUGAUUCACUGAGUUAUCUGUAUGAUAACUUAUUAAGAUGAGAUUUACUUUGAACUGUGACCAAGAACCAAGUGUUCUUGUUGUCUCACCAAUAAAACCUAUUUUAACA